AUGACAUCGAAUUAUCGUCCAAACGAAUCAAAGCGUGAAGAAUUUCGUCGGUACCUUGAGAAGGGUGGUGUUGUCGAUGCAAUUACAAGAGCUUUAGUUGCUUUGUAUGAAGAAGCCGAAAAGCCAAACAAUGCAACGGAAUUCGUACGUCGUUUUAUGGGAGCAGCUGGUCCUGAUACAGCUGAAGUCGAAUCAUUGAAAAGUGAACUGAUGACUAUGCGCGAAAAAACUGAUGAACUAGUGCGAGAGAAUGAAUCCUUGAAAGAAAAAUUACAAAAAUAUGAGAGUGGACAAUAA